AUGGAUGAUUUAAAAAGAAUCUGGAAAGACACCAUUGAAUACAUAAGUCAACACACUCCAACACCAAUACCGGACGUCCCAACUGAUGGUUAUUAUGAAUCAUUAUUAGUAAAGAAUAAACUUGAAGACACUGUCGCGCGCUUGAAAGCUAAGGCAAGACAUGAAAAUGCUCCGACAAUGAUAGCAGCUAAGCUAGAUUUGGAGGAUGCAAUAAAGUCAGUAGAGGAAUUGGAACGACUUCCACAAGUCAGUAAUAGGUUUCUACCAGGUACCGCUGAAUAUCAGCAGAUGUAA